CUAGUCGUGCAUUGGCGUGUCUCCACGCACGACAACAAGAACGAGAAUCGCGCCGCGGGCCCGCAGCAACCAUGGUAUCAUCGCCAAGUACGCCGUUCCAUUUACACACACUGACGGUCGCUGGCUUCUUUGCGAGUGCGUCGGGGGCUCCAUGCACAUUGGCGCAAAACAGCUCCUUGCACGAAGCCAUGGCGGUCAACACGUCCGCAGCCUGCGCCUCGAGCAUCAACGCCACGACAACGACGCCGUUUUAUACCACGUUGUACCUCGACAACUACUAUGGCGUGUGCCAGCCACCGUGCGCCGUCGACUUGGCCAACUACACGAGCAGGGUGCCCGACUGCGACGAGUAUCUCAGCGUUCGCACCACGGUCUCGGUCCUCAACGACUACUGCACCAACAUGUCGUCGCCAACGACGAACGGCGGCGUGUGCACCGAAGCCGACACGCUGCUCGUGGGCCUCGCGAUGAGUGCACCGGUGUGGGCCAACUGCUCCAACAUCAUUCCCGCUGCGACGCUGUCGAUGCUGUCGCCGUCGACACCAGCGCAAUACCAGACGUACUGCAGCACGCCAACGUGCGUGGCCAACACGCAGGCCGUCGCACAUCGGUUGCCCAACUGCACAUUCGACCAUAACCACCCGACGGCCAAUGUCCGCGCGAGCCAUGCGCAACGGUUUAGCUGCGCGCCGGCACCGAUCGGCGCGCCGUGUACGCUUGCCGACGCCAACGCGAUGAGCGUUCUCGGCAAUACGCCGCUGUGGGUGAAUUGCUCGAGUGCGAUUGGCCUCCCAUCGAGCACGACCAUCAACUCUUUUGUUGCGUACGUGAUGGCCAAGCUCUCGACCAACACGCCGCAGACGCGGGCGUUCUGCAGGUCGCCGUGCGUCGGCAUCGCGAUGGCGCUCGGGUCCAUGGCCCCCGCGUGCAGCCUCACGACGAUGCCGUACGCUGUGCUUGUCGCCAACGAAAAGCUCAUCACGCUGGACAUCGCGAUACAAAGCUUGGAGAGGACCUCGGGCGCCGUGGCGAGCGCCGCAGCGAUGAGGAACAUGCUGUGCCCUGCGACGCCGGCGCCAACGACGCCCAGGGUAAACCCGACACCGACGCCGACACCGACGCCGACACCGACGUCGACACCGUUGCCGACCAAGUCAAUGGCCCCAACAAAGCGCAUGGUUGCGAUUGGCACCUGGCUUCUCGUCGCGCUGGUGGCGAUGCUGGCAGACUAGUUGCAGCGUCUGCAAAUUUUCACCACAUUAUUUCCAUUGCAUGCAUUUCCACUUCUGCAUGCAUCGACCGAGCGAGC